AUGGUAGCUUGGGCAGCUUUAGGCGCAAUGGGAACAAAAGCAUUAGCAUUUGGAGCAAAAGCACUUGGAGCUUAUGACGCAGUAAAUAAAAUGAGUGGAGGAAGAGUUUCGAAGACAUUAGAUGCAAAUAAAGGAAAGAUUGGAGGCUGGGUUGCAAAGAAGUUAAGAUUAAAUAAAAUAGGGCUCAUAAAUAAAGCAUCCAAUUUGGUUGCGACUGAGUCGGAAAAUGCUUUAGGAAAGGACGAUGAGUUUUCAAAACACGCAAAAGACUUUAAUGACCAGAUGAAAGGUGAAACAAUGCAUUUAAAUAGAGUCGAUGGAACUCUUCCUCCACCAGCAGUUCUUCCGUAUGGUCCCUAUGGAAUGUAUGGAAACCCUUACGAAAGACCAUUUGACCCAUUGACUGGUGGAAGUAACUGGUAUCAUUACGGACGAAGAAGAAAGACAGUCAAGUUGGAGACAGACGUGAAGAAAGCAACUAAAAAGAAACCAAGGAAGAGAGUUAUAAAGCAAUGA